CAGUUGACUUGUCAAUAAAAGUAACCGCAAAUUUGCGCCGUAUUGAAUUGAAUAAAAUUUUUAAACAAAUAGUUUGCAAAUUGAACACAUUUUUUUAGUAAUGUAUAGAAUUAUGAAAUGACAGUUUCCCAAAUUGUAACUGUACUUUAACUUCUUUUACUAUAAUAUCUUAGAUAACAAACGAGAAUGUCGAAGAGUAUUCGAUCAUAUUUCACUGUUGUAAAGAAACAAUGUGCAGAACCCAACGAUGAUUGUGAUGAAAUACCAGAGUCACCUGAUGUUCUUCUAAAAAACAAAAAAAAAAUAUCAAGAAAAAAGAGGCUAAUAGAGGAUUCAGAUGAAGAAAUAUUUACACCUAAAAAGAAAAAACCUGAAGCAACUUCACAUAGUAAGAAUCAAAAGAGUCCAAAAGGCACAUUAAAAGAAGUACCAAUUACAGAAUUAUUUGGAAAAGGUAAAAUACAGAAAACUGAAGCUUUAGUUGUUAAGGACAGAACAAAGAAAAAGACAGAAACUGGAAUUCAUUCUGAUGAUGAAUUUGAGAAAAGUCUCCUUGAACUUGAUGAACCUAAAGAUCUCAAUGGUAUAUCACCCACUAAAGAAAGCCAUUUAGUAAAAGAUUGUGACAAUAAACCGGCUAAAACUCAUAAAGAAACAACUAAAACUGACAAACUUAAUAAUACAUCACUCAAAAAAGAUAGCCAUUUAGGAGAAGAAUCUGAUCUAAAACAAGACAACAUUUCUGACAUUAAACCAGCAAAGUCUCAUAAAAUAAUAACAAAAACUGACACAGAGCAAUCAAAAUGUAAUGAAAAUGACAAAUUACCUAAAUCAAGUGAGAAAAAUAUAAACAGUGGUAACAAAACUAAAGGAAAUAAAUCAGAGAUUGUCACUGAUAUCAAAAAGUCAAAAAAUGAAGAUAAAAAGAAAGCAAGCCCUAAAGACAAUUAUCAAACAACUGAAAAAGUUACGAAGAAUCAUGAAAAUAAAGUUGACAAGGAAUCAAACCACAAGAGUGAAACAGACAGGCCUAAUGAUGAUAUUAAAUCAAAGAAGAAAAGUAACAAAAGAGAAUUGAGUGAAUUUCUUGAUGAUGAUGAUCAUGAAACAAGCAACAAGAGGAAAAAACCAAGCCUUAAUGAUUCUGUUCUCAGCGAUGAAGAAAGGCAUGAAAAGAAAAGACUUUCAGCUGCUUUAUACCAGAAGUACUUGCACAGAUCUGGCCCGAAGCACUUGGGAUCUAAAGAAAUGCCUGAGGGAGCACCAAAUUGUUUUAAGGAUUGUGCAUUCCUACUAACUGGAGUGUUGGAUUCAUUUGAAAGGGAUGAAAUUGUUGAGACUAUCACUAAAUACGGUGGUACUUUGAAAUCUGGAAUAAGCAAGAAGGUCACACAUGUGUUGGCCGGUGAUGACGCUGGCCCGGCUAAAAUCAGUAAAGCGGAGUCACUUGGAAUUAAGAUAAUUAAUGAAGACCAAUUCCUCGAUAUGAUCAGACAAUCGUUAAACGGUGACGCAAAAAAAGAUGAAAUCGAACCUAAAAUUAAAAUCGAAAAAGUUGACAAUCGUGGUAAAGCUAAAAAAUCUCCUAAAGACAUUAAAUCUAACUAUUUUGAAAAGGAUAAGCAAGUUAAUAUUAAGAAAGAAAGAUCGGUAUCGCCGAAAAAAGAAAGCAGUGCCAAGAAUGUAGAGAAAGUUAAACCUAUGGAAGCUGUUAAAAAGGAAGAAAAUGUUGCCAGUGAUUCAUGUGAUGUUAAAAUUCAUUCAACAAACGGCACACCAGCAUCGCUUAUGUGGGUGGACAAGUAUAAGCCGACAAAUAUUAGGCAAAUCAUUGGACAACAUGGAGAAGCUAGCAAUGUUAAAAAAUUAAUGAACUGGCUGACCAAAUGGUACAUUAACAGAAAAGCGAAAUUAACAAAACCAAAUCCUUGGGCCAAGAAUGAUGAUGGUGGAUUUUAUAAAGCUGCCCUACUCUCUGGUCCGCCGGGAGUCGGUAAAACAACAUCAGUGAGUCUGGUUUGCAAGGAAUUGGGCUUCGAUACGGUGGAAUUUAAUGCGUCCGAUACGAGAAGCAAGAACCUCAUCAAAGAGCAGAUCACCGAACUACUCUCUACCACAUCGCUUUCUGGCUUCGCUAGAGGUGUAACAGGCAAACAAGCAGUGACCAAGAAACACGUUCUAGUGAUGGACGAAGUGGACGGAAUGGCUGGGAAUGAGGAUAGAGGUGGUCUCCAAGAGCUAAUAGCUCUUAUAAAGUCGACAUCGGUGCCAAUAAUCUGCAUGUGCAAUGACAGGAACAGCGAGAAGAUGCGCUCGCUGGUCAACUACUGCUACGAUCUGCGGUUCAGUCGACCGAGGGUGGAUCAAAUUAAGGCAGCCAUGAUGUCCGUCUGCUUCAAGGAGGGCAUCAAGAUACCCGGCGAUGUACUGUCGCAGCUGAUAACUGCGGCGGGGCAAGACGUGCGUCAGACGCUACACCUGCUGUCCGUGUGGAGUGCUGACCCUCGGCUGGCUGAUAAGGAGCAUCUGCAGAAAGAGGCCCAGAGGGUCAAGAAGGACAUCAAAAUGGGGCCAUGGGAAGCGAUACGCAAGGUGUUCUCGGCGGAGGAGCACAAGACGAUGAGCCUCAACGACCGGAGCGAUCUGUUCUUCACGGACUACAGCCUGGCGCCGCUGUUCGUGCAAGAGAACUACUUGCAGGUGUCACCGCAUUGUCCCAAGCACGAAGUAUUAGAUAGGUUAAGCAAAGCGGCAGACAGCCUUAGUAUAGGCGACUUGGUCGACGCGAGGAUACGCGGCAACCAGGCUUGGAGUCUUCUGCCCAUACAGGCGAUGUACAGUUCUGUGAUACCGGGGCAAGUGAUGUGUGGGCACGUAUCGGGGCAGAUACAGUUCCCGGGCUGGCUCGGGAAGAAUUCGCGCGCGAACAAGAUGGCGCGCCUUGCCCAGGGCAUACAUGCGCACACUAGACUCAGCACAUCCGGAUCGAAAUCGUCGAUAUUCCUGGACUACGCGCCUCACAUCCGCGACGCCAUUUUGAAUCCUCUCAUCGCGGACAAGAUGGACGGUGUCCAGCAGUCACUGCAAGUGCUGGAAGAGUACCACCUGCUAAGGGAAGACCUGGAUUCCUUGACUGAGCUCUCUGUGUGGCCUGGACAGAGGAACCCUAUGGUCUUGGUUGAUUCUAAGGUGAAAGCGGCAAUGACGCGUACGUACAACAAGCAAGCGAGCGCGCUCCCGUACGCGCCGGGUGCGAUCAAGCGCGUCAAGCAGGCAGAAGACGCCGACUCGCUGGACGUCGAAGAAGAAGAACAAGAAGACGAUAGUGAUCCGGAGAAUGAUGCCCUAAUUAAGAAAAAGAAGACAAAGGAAGUAGAAAAACCAUCAACAAGCAAGGAAAAAGGACAAUCAAAUAAAGGAAAGAAAAAGAAAUAAUGCUCUAAAUAUAAAUUAAGAUUUUAAUUAUGUCUGUGAUUUCAUGUAUGCCCUUUAAAUUGUUAAUCAUAAUGGACCUGAAUAAAAUUAAUAC